AUGUCAGUAAAUCAGGAAGCUUUGAAAAAGCUCCUCGUAGAAAUGGACAACCAGUUAAGUCGCACGAAAGCGGAACUUAAUAUGUGUAAUCUUCAAUUAAGUAGAGUGGACACUAAUCUUCACCUCAUUCAAAGCACUAAGUUAAAAUUAAACGGGUUAUGUAGGGACAAUGAACCAGUAUGGCAAGGUGUAGGCAAGGCUUUCGUGAAAACUGAUGUAAACACAUAUUUGAAGGAAGUUUCCGUUGACGAGAAGGAAUUUAUAGAGAACAAGUCCAGUUUGGAAAAGAAAAAGCACUAUUUAGACACCACCUUGGAGAAAACCAUUGAGAACAUGUCUGCCAUUGUGGGACCUAGAAAAUAA